AUGAGUGAAGGAAAAACUACAGCGACGAUCGAAAUUGAUGUGACAACCGAGGCUAAGGCUAAGAAGCCAGCAAAAAUGGCAGAUUCGUUGAAGAGUUCAAAGAAGAAGAAGGAAGCUGAUACACCAGUCAGCAAAGAAGCAGCUACACCUGUCAGCAAGGAAGCGGCUACACCGGUUAGUAAGGAAGCAGCUACACCAGUCAGUAAGGAAGCGCUAACACCAGUUAAUAAGGAAUCAUUGACGAAAACUUCGAAAGAAACGCCACCUCCUUCUUCUGGAAAGAAAACCAGCGAGACGAGCCCGGCCGCAUCAAAUAGUAAAUCAAUGUUGAAGAGUGUGAAGGAACCCUCGAAAAAGGUUGGAGUAGAGCCUUCAGCAGAGGUGAUGGUGACCACACAAAUUGAUAUUGAUUCACACCGAGAUAAAGACGAUUUUAAAGAUGUGGAAAUAAGGACAAAGCCGGUUUUUGGCAGAAGAUCUAAAUUCAGUGAGUAUCUUUGA